AUGUCGAAUUCGGAACAAAGGAUAGUCGAGAGCCGAUUACAAAAUGGAAGUUUCGAAGUUGCGUCAGGUCUUGCGUCAGCCCAGGUUGGAUGUGCUACGGCCACAUUUAGGAACGACGUAAACACGAUACAAAAUUCAAACGUUUCAUUUCCUCUUCAAUCAAGUCAAGCUCCAGCAUUUACUGCCAUAUUUGAAUCAAAUACCAUAGCACCUUCGCCUCCUCAUAGCCGAUCCACUUCAACCAACCAGAUAUAUACCCCACUCGCGCUUGACACCACUUCUCGUCUUCAUCCAAAUAUAGAUCCGUCAUAUAGUCAGACCCCAAGUCCUUUAAGCGCGGGUCUGCGAAUACAAACCGAUAUCGUUCCUGGUUGUACAAUCACAUCUGCCAGCACAGGGACCGGAUUGACUGAACGCGAAUCUCCUGAUACCACCCGAAUACAUUCAAGAUCCGGCGGACCGUUGGGGAUGUCUCUCGCACGAACUCCGAGUGUCAAGAAUGUCCUGGCAAGCAGUAUAGGUAGUAACAAUUCUACACCAAACUCAGCAUUGUCGUCACCAAUGUUGAACGCAAUGGCAGAUGUUACUCCUCUACCCUCCCCACUCAUGUCGGGAGACUCGCCCGGACCUUGGAAACGACUUAACUCAAGACGAACUUCGCGCGAACAUAUGCUUCCAAUACAUUCGGAUGCGGCACUCAUCACAUCGAACGGCGAAUCGGUUUCCUCUGCGAUGGCAAAUCAACAAAAGAGAAGGGCAUAUCAUGGAUUAAUAACAAAUGCUGGUGAAUCUGGUCUGACGGAUGCGCAAGUCAAUCGAAAGAAGAAUGCGGAAGGACAUACUAGGAAUAGAAGUAUGAGCGAAUAUGUACCAGAUCCUAUACAGGUAUCAAAACCUCGGAAUAUUACCGUCUCUAGUUCGCACGCCCCAAUCAUAGAUGGAGCAGCAGAAUCGGUUCCACCAUCAGACAUGCAUAUGCGGAGAGAACCACAUUUAGCAGUCCAACGGGGAUUGGCUCCCAUACCGAGACCACCAACCCCACCAUCGAGUCGAACAGGAGGGGAAAGCAGUGAUAGUGAUUCGUCAUUGACUAAUAAUAUUCCAAGGGCUCUUCGGAAAUCAAGAUGUGAAUACUUUGAUGCAUAUACGAGGAAUGAUUCCAAACGACGAAGAUGGAGAGGUAUCAAAGUCUUAGGGCAAGGUACUUUCAGCAAAGUCAUUCUAGCGACAAGCCAAGUACAGGACGACGAAGGCCGCAUAGAUGAAGAUAAUGUGUUUGGAAUCGAAGGAAUAGUCACACCAAUUGAUGUAAAAGUCGACCGGAAAAAAUUGGUAGCAAUCAAGAUUUGUGAACAUGGUCCCAAAGGAGGGGCAUCGGAAGAAAGAGUAGAGAUGUCACUAAAACGUGAAUUGGAAAUUAUGAAAUCGAUACAUCAUCCUUCCUUGGUUCACAUCAAAGCUUGGAGUAUAGAAGACACGAGAGCUAUCUUAGUCUUGAGUUAUUGUCCCGGUGGAGACCUCUUUGAAGUGGCUAGUCAACAUAGAGAUGUUCUCGUCCCAUCGUUACUCAGACGUAUGUUUGCAGAACUUAUUGGAGCAGUCCAAUAUUUACACGAGAGACACAUUGUCCACCGGGAUAUCAAAUUAGAAAAUGUCUUGGUCAAUCUCCCACAACACGAACUCGCAAAACCUCAAGACUGGACUACAUAUCCCUACUCAAUUAUCACCCUCACCGACCUUGGUCUCUCUCGUCGAGUAGCCGAUGAUGAAAAGCUUACUACCCGGUGCGGAUCCGAUGAUUAUGCUGCACCAGAAGUUAUCAUGGGUCAACCAUAUGAUGGGCGCGCUACUGAUGCCUGGUCUCUUGGCGUCUUGCUCUAUGCAUUGCUGGAAAGCAGGUUACCAUUCGACCCCAACCCAGGAAUGUCAGAAGGACAUAAACAGCGAAGUCGAACGAGCCACAGGAUUGCGCGGAUGGAAUGGAGAUGGAUCGAAUAUUUUGGGGAGGAGGGUGAUCACGAUGGUGAUCCAGAAAAAUUCAAGGAAAAGGGAUUGGAGGGGGCAAUGGAAGUUACGGAAGGGUUGUUGAAGAGAGCAAGAAGCAGGUGGACUUUAGAAAAGGUCCAGGAUAAUGAAUGGGUUAAAGGAGGUGUGGAUGUAGAAGGUGGUGUUAGAUGGAGGGAGGAGUUUAUCCCUGAGGAAGUUAGAGGUGGUGGAGAAUAA